UCUCCUCUCCUUUCUUCAUCUCCUUAGGCCAUUAAGAAGAAAUUAAAAUAUUUUGAGAUAAUAAAAAAAACUCAAAAUUAAGUCAAUUAUAGAUACUUCGCGCUCCCACGCUCUAUGUUCGGACACCCAACAAUCCCACGCUCCUCCUCCGAGGUUCUCAGCGACACCCUGUCGUCUCACGACUUCAUGACGUCACCAUUAAAUUUCCCGUUAUGUCCACCAACUCAACUCACUGUGACCGAGUCAUACGACUUGUUGAGCGGCAGCGGCAGCAGCAGCAGUGGAAGUUACAACUCGCCGAGUUCGCUACUGAGUUGCUGCACUCAGAAACAGAGCUUCAUGCAGAGGAGCGUCAGCAGCCAUUCCCUUCAAAACAACGGUCUCUAUUGUCACUUUGCUUCAAGACUUAACGAGUUUAUUGACUCAGAUUCCGUGCCGGUGAGAAGAGCUUUUAGCACCGGUUAUCUGGACCAGGAGUGGCAGAGUGGUCGCCGGAGGUCGGAGAGCCCGUUGUCUAAUGAGAGUAAUGCGAAUGCCAUAAUUGAAGGAAUGAGCAGAGCUCACCGCUACACUCCUGAGGAAAAGAAAGGAAGGAUUGAGAGAUACCGAUCCAAAAGAAACCUUAGGAACUUCACCAAGAAGAUCAAGACAGCAGGCCAAGAGUCCGAGGACGUUUUGCAAGAAAUGAAGAAAUUGAAAAGAAUGUUCCUCAAGUUGAAUGGGGCCACCAUGUAG